CCAGACAACGUGAUGCAGUUAUAAUCUGUCAAUUACGAUUAAAAGUAAGAAAUAAGGACGCAAAAUAAUAUAAAAGUAUUUAAUUAUUGCUUCAUUUAAAUAAAUAAGGCAUUCCUUAGUGUAAAUUUCGGAAACAACCAUUGCACACCUAAAUAUAUUAGUGCUAAUCUAGCAUUUUGUAUUAUCCAACUUCAACUACUAGUAUUUUUAUUAAAAUAUAAAUAAACAAUGGGAUCCAAAAAACAUAAGAAAGAGUCCAAAAAGAAGAAGCAUAGGAGUCGUUCGCGUUCUCCUUUGGAUGUCGAAGAACGUGAAAGAAAACGCCACCAUAAGAAACACAAAGACCGCAAGAAGGAUCGGUCGCCUGAUGUGGAGGAGGUGCCGGUGGACUCACACCUGCAGCCGGCAGAGGACGCUGCCUCCAGCAGAAGCCGCAGCCGCAGCUCCAGCACUCACCGCCACACCUCCAGGGAACAUGAAAAAGAGCAUUCUCCUGUUCCGGGCGGUGCGGCUCAGGAGAGCCUCUCCAUCGAGGAGACCAACAGGCUGCGCGCCAAGCUCGGCCUCAAACCCCUGGAGGUCACUGAGCAGACAGCAGAUGAUGGCAAGAUCAAGGAUGAUCUGGGCGAGUUCUAUCACAAGCCGGCAGACAACAUCGCGCACCAGAAGAAGGCGGACAAGUUGCGGGAGAAGCUCGAGGUGCGCCGCGAGAAGAGGAAGCUCGAACAGAAACUGCAGACGACACUUUUGGCGGACGAGUCGGACGACGAGGACGCCAUCGCCUGGGUGAAGAAGUCGCGAGAGAUCGAGGAGCAGAAAAAGGCUGCCGAAAAGCGGGCGGCGCUGCUGGACGAGAUGGACGAGGUGUUCGGUGUGUCGGCGCUGGUGCAGGAGGAGCAGGAGGCGGAGCGCCGCACGCGCUACUCGCACGCCCACCUCAGGGGGCUGCGCGUCGCACACGACAUUGACGCGCUGGGCGAGGAGCGGGAGGUGGUGCUGACGCUGGCAGACGCGCCGGUGCUGGCCGAGGACGCAGAGGAUGUGCUCGUCAACGUCAACAUGCUCGACGAGGAGCGCUACAAGAAGAACAUAGUGGAGCGCAAGAAGGCGGCGGCGGGAUACCAGGCGUACGACGAGGAGGCGGAAGUGGCCGCCGCCCUCGGCCUGGAGCGCCCGCUGCUCGCCAAGUACGACGACGAGAUCGACAAGGACAAGCGAGACAAGAUGAAGGGCUUCCGCAUCGGAGACGACGACUCCAUCGAGGCCAACAAGUUCAGAGACCUCAUGCGUCAGGAGCGAGUGGCGAACGCGGCCGGGCGGCGGCUGGAGUCGCUGCAGCUGCCGGCGCUUCGCCCCGCCACCGACUACCUGGACGAGCACGAGAUACAGGCCAAAUUCAAGAAGCCCAAGAAAAAGGGCAAGAUGCGCAAGAGGGCGAAAGCUGAACCCAUCGACGUCGACGACUACGAGGCGGGCGUCGUGCCGCUCGACACCGACGACACCGAGGUGAAGCCGGAGCAGCUGACGCUGCAGGUGGAUGUGGACGAGGAGGAGGUGGAGCCUGACGGCGAGCUGCAGGCGGCGCUGGCCCGCGCGCGACGUCUGCGCCUCGCAGAACUGCGCCACACCAACGUUGUGCCCAAAGUGGAGGAGCUGCUGGAGCGGGUGAAGGAGGAGACGGGGGAGGCGGGGGAUGAGGAGGCGGCAGGGGGCGGGGCCAUCGUGCUGGACGCCACCGCGGAGUUCUGCCGCACGCUGGGCGACAUCCCCACGUACGGGCAGGCCGGCAACCGCGACCACCACGCCGAGAUCAUGGAAAUGGAGCGCGAUGACCCGGAGAGUGAUGCGGGGGCGGGUCUGGGGGCGGGUGGGGCGGAUGCUGCGGGCGCCUGGAGCCGCGUGGACGUGCACAGCGAGCGCGCGCCCGACCUGGCCGCCGGGUCCUCGGUGGCGCUGGACGCGGAGCCGGCGCUGGGCGGUGGUGUGGCGGGCGCGCUGCAGCUGGCGCUCAGCAAGGGAUACCUGGAGAAGGCGGGCGCCGCCCCCGCGCCCCGCACCGCGCCGCACCAGCUCGCCGCCAGGCACUACUCCAUCGAGGACAAGAGCCACGCAGGCGAGGAUGACAAGUACGGACGUCGCGAGCGCGGCGGACACUCGGGGCCGCUGCAGGAGUUCCGCGAGCGCGCCGGCUUCCGGCCCCACGUCAAGCUGGAGUACGUGGACGACGAGGGCCGCCCGCUCUGCCCCAAGGAGGCCUUCCGCUACCUCUCACACAAGUUCCACGGCAAGGGGCCCGGCAAGAACAAGCAGGAGAAGCGCAUCAAGAAGGCCGUGCAGGAGGGGCUGAUGAAGAAGAUGAGCUCGACGGACACGCCGCUGGGCACGCUGCAGAUGCUGCAGGAGAAGCAGCGCGAGACGCACUCGCCCUACGUCGUGCUCAGCGGCGCCAAGCGCGAGCACAAGUAGCGCAUCUCCCAACUGCGCACCCCCCACUGCGCACCGCCCACUGCGCACUGCCCACUGCGCACCCCCCACUGCGCACUGCGCACCGCGACACCAUCCCUCAAUCCCUAACUAUAUAUUGCAGUUAUGAUUUGAUUUUGAACACAGUAAAUUGUCCUUAUUUAAACAAUAUGUAGCCUUUUAUUUAUGUAAUAUUCUUGAUACAAGACAGAACUUUAGAGUCUGAAAUAAUCUAUGUUUCAGUGUUAACUUUGGAUAGUAACAAAAUAAAACAUAUUAUAUGAAUUUGU